UCGUUGGUUCCAUCCUUCGAGAAUAUACAGUCUGGAUGAUGCUGAAGUUGAGGAAGCUCGCAUUCAUAAAGAAGCGGGACCGUUGGAUAGACCCACUUGGUGUUCACUGCCAAAGUUGAGUGGGGCCGGUACUGUGCCUUAAGAGGAUGAGUGUUCGAUUCAUCGCGGUGGCCUUGAGCUACAAGGCAUUUGCUGCUGUCAAUGUGUGCCACGGCUGUUAUGUGCAGUGUCAAGCUUUCAGGCUGAGAAAACAAUACCUGCGGAAAUCCGAGGACUAUUUAUUCGGAUGCGAUGGAGUCAAGCCUAUGUGCACCCACUUUGUGUCCCUGACUGUCAUGCGAUUUCAGCUCAGAGGGCUCGGCCACACAUGUAGUCCAACCAGCAAUUUCGCCACUGAUCUGUUUUCAUAUCUUUUUAUCUUCUGAGAAGAUUGGCUGGCGUCGGGGGCGCUGCAUAUGUAAACAUUAUGUGACCACAUCAGUAUCUACCUGUUC